AUGCCAGAAUUGAUUGGAGUGAUUGGUGUUGAAUCGCUGAAGUUUCAUACAGUCGACUGGAUUUCUCAAAUGAGCGACGACAAACUAUUGCUACGUAUCCACGAUGACGAAUUCCAAUAUCGAAGAGUAACUUCCCUUGUUCCCUCGCUUGAAACUCACUUGAAACCUCGUUCGAUCUGUGGUAGCAUGGCUGGUGACGGAAUUUUCACGUAUCGUGAUGGGAUUGCCGCAGCCCAAGUUGUCGCCUUCUCAGAUUCAAUCAGCGCUAGCUGCAAGCUGGCAACUAUCAACAAUGACUCGCGUGGACUCUCGGCGGCGAUAUUUGUCUGUGAAUCCUUGGGAAUGAUUUUGAUUAUCUUUCUCCUACUAGAGAUGCUUGGAAGAAUAAACAAAGUUGUCACCAUCGUUGCGAAACUCAUGUUCUGGAUUCCUUCCAUCGUCACCUGGAUCGAUAUCGGCAUUUCCAUCGGCGGCUGGGUCUCCGUCACGCAGGCCGAACACUCGUUGGCCCCCACACCAUGGAGCCGAGCAAGUAUAGCCUUGCUAGCAUUUAUAUAUCUCUACCUGGUUGGAAUUUUUAUUCUCUUCUGGCUUCAUAAGGCUGAAUAUUUCGCGGAAGAACGGUGGGCCCUGGCCGGUGUUGCAUUUUGUGUGCCGCUGCUUGCAAUACGGGUUGCCUACUCUCUCAUUUUCGUCAUUACUGGCAAUAUAGCUUUCAACGCGAUGAAGGGCAACCCGACCUUAUAUUUGAUUAUGACUAUGCUUCCUGAGUUUUUCAUUAUUGCCGCUUGCACAUAUAUCAUUGCGACUAGAAUUUCUCCGCUCGUUAAAACAAGGAAGAAGGUUCAACAAACCACCGAGGAGGAAGAAAGCCGACAACGGCUCUCCAUCGGAAGUUGA